AAAAUUUCCAGUAAUUAAAAACCAGCGUUAGGAAAACGUACUCAAUUUUUAACACAACCAAACCGACAGAAAUUCAAGUGCCCCACCAAGUCGUUAAACAAUUUGUGUUUCCGCUGCGGUUAGUUUAUAGUAACGUGAUGGACAGUCCUGUUGUGGUACUUAAAGAAGGUCGAGUCAAGGGAAGUAUCGGCAGGGAUUAUUUCAAUAAUCCCUACUACUAUUUCUUGGGCAUUCCUUACGGAAAAGCGCCAAUUGGGGAAUUGCGAUUCAAGGCUCCUGUUCCAGUGGAGCCUUGGAAAGGCACCAAAGAUGCAACCCAAGAGGGCCCAGUUUGUUCCUCUCGCCAUGUAAUGUUCAAACGAUACGUCGGAGCUGAGGAUAAUUGUCUACACGUCAAUGUCUACACCCCUCAACUCCCCAGCGAUGGUAACAACAACCUCAAACCAGUCAUGGUCUGGAUCCACGGUGGUGGCUUCCUGUACGACUCAAACCGCCGCGAAAUGUACGGUCCCGAAUAUUUGAUAACGGAAGACGUGGUUAUAGUUUCCGUAAAUUACCGACUCGGCGUGUUCGGCUUCCUCAGUUUGGAAAACCCAGCACUUGAAGUGCCAGGAAACGCGGGAAUGAAGGACAUGGUCCUGGCCCUCAAAUGGGUCCAGAACAACAUCACGAGUUUCAGUGGCGAUCCAAACAAUGUCACGGUUUUUGGCGAAAGCGCUGGUUCAGCCGCCGUCCACUAUUUAUACCUCUCGCCAAAAACUAAAGGACUGUUUCACAGAGCGAUCUGCCAGAGUGGCUGUGCUUUGAACAGCUGGGCAAUUGGGUGCACUAACGGUACCAUCAUUGCCGAUUAUCUCAAUUUUACGGAACGGGAUGAAGGAAAAAUUUUAGAGUAUUUGAAAAGUUUGCCGCCCCAAAGAAUCGUCAAAGCUUUGCAUCGAUAUGACGACACUUUUAUUGCAAGUCGGAUUCGACCGUUUGGCCCAGUUGUUGAAAAAUACGCCACGGAAUCGGCGUUCCUAACCCAGGAGCCGUUGCAAAUCAUCAAGUCGGGGACAUUCAACAAGGUGCCCUUAAUCAUAGGGAAUAAUUCUCGGGAAGGGAUCCUUGCCGAAGUGGCUCGGAAAGUCUUCGGCGAAAACGUGAUCGGUACGAGUUUCGAAGACGAAAUUUACUUCUACCUCAAGCUGGAGAGAGGUUCGGGAGAGUCGAAACAAAUUGCCCAAAAAAUCAAGGAUUUUUAUUUCAAUGGAGAGGACCGGUCGGAACACAACAACGAAAAAUUUUAUUUGUUAAAAACCGACAACAUGUUCCUCCACGGGACGUACAAAACCGUCAACUACCAGAAACAGGCAACCGACGCGCCCAUUUAUUUCUACGAAAUGACCCUAGACCACCCUUUCAGCCUGUUCAAGAGCAUGUGCACCCCCAGAUUUUUCUACCCCACCAUGUUUUUCUAUUUUCUGGCGUACAAUGUGGGCCCCGGUCGCCUCAACCAGAUAUUCCUGCGGUUGGCCAACCUCAUGCCGCGCAAAACCUUGGUUGGGGCGUCACAUGCGGACGACUUGAGCUACAUUUUCCGGCCGAUUUUGGGCGAAAAAGUGCGCUCCGGGAGCGAGGAGGAAAUUUACAUGAGGCGGUUUAUCCGACUUUGGGCCAAUUUUGCAAGAACUGGGAACCCCACCCCGGGCACAAGCGACCCCCUUUUGAAUGGUGUUGAGUGGAAACCGGUGACUAAAGACCAAAACUGCAUCCUGGACAUCGGCACCCGACUCGAGAUGAAAAAUUACCCACACGUCGAAAGGAUGCAGUUUUGGGACAGCAUUUACAGUUCUCCAAUCAUCUCCGACAGUGUCAUGCCAGUUUCUGUUAUCACUAUUGCCCUAACCUUCGGUUUAAACGUCUGGCACAGUUUCAUCAUGUCUGAUCCCACCGUCACCAUACAGCAGGGACAACUCCGGGGAAAAAUCUCGACCAACAUUGACAAUAAAAACUUCUACAGUUUCCAAGGCAUUCCAUACGCCAAACCCCCCACUGGACCACUCCGGUUCAAGGACCCUCAAGCCCCGGAACCAUGGACCGGAGUCAAGGACGCAACGACGGAAGGAAGCGUGUGUUACGCCAAACACAUGCUUUUCAAUAACAUUAUCGGAUCGGAGGAUUGCCUACACUUGAAUGUUUACACACCGGAAUUGGCAUCAAAAAAUUUAAGACCAGUCAUGGUCUGGAUACAUGGUGGCGCCUUUAAAAGCGGCUCAAGUAAUACGGAUGUCUACGGUCCUGAGUAUUUGCUAACUCAGGAUGUUGUUGUCGUUACUUUCAACUACAGAUUGGGAAUUUUCGGGUUUCUUAAACUGGAUGAUGCCACGUUAGGUGUUCCCGGGAACGCGGGAAUGAAAGACAUGGUAAUGGCCUUGAAAUGGGUCCGGAAAAACAUCAGUAAAUUCGGUGGGGAUCCGAACAAUGUGACCAUUUUUGGUGAAAGUGCUGGAGCAGCCUCGGUGCAUUACCUAGUCUUGUCACCACUAGCCAAAGGGCUGUUUCACAGGGCCAUUGCACAGAGUGGGACUGCGUUAAAUUCUUUUGCAAGGGGGCGCAGUGACAUGGUUUCGCAUAUCUCGGCUGAGUUGAACACCAAAAAUGAGAGGGAAAUUUUGGAAAAGUUGGUGCAAAUGCCAGCCGAACAACUGUUUGAACUGUACGAGAAAUUAGUAACUGUGUGUGAGGGUUUGAACAAUGCCGGUGGUAAACUACCCUUCGCUCCGGUGAUUGAAAAGGCGUCUCAAAAUGCGUUCAUUGCCGAAGAACCGCUCAAAAUCAUAAAAUCGGGGAAUUACAACCAAGUGCCUCUAAUAUUCGGGUUUACGACAAGAGAGGGAAUGUUGAUUGAGCAAAUGAUAAAGCCGAGAAAGCCCACCAUGCCGCGGGAUUUUGAGGCAGCGAUUCCUUACACUCUGGAGGUUGAACGGGGUUCGGAAAAUUCGAAACAAAUCGCUCAGAAGAUCAAAGAUUUUUAUUACGGAGAGCCAGGCUCCGAAGACAAGCUUGAAAAUUUCUACAUUAUUCAUACCGACAACUAUUUCCUGAGAGAUAUUAUUUUUGCGGUCAAACACCAUGCCGCUACGUCCAAAUUCCCGGUUUAUUUGUACCAAAUGUCGGUAGAUUCAAGUUUGAAUGUCAUGAAAAGACUUUCAAACAUAACUGCGCCAGGUGUAGCUCACGGUGACGACAUCGGCUACCUCUUCAAAACCAAAGUCUCGCCAGCUUUAAACCCCGGAAGUUUGGAGGAAGUAUCAGUGAGACGUUUCGUCAGACUUUGGACGAACUUCGCCAGAAACGGCAAUCCAGACGAACCGCAGUGGAAACCGGUGAAAACGAACGAACUCAAUUACAUCGACAUUGGGGAGAAAUUAAGUGCGAAAGUUAACCCCGAGCCCGAAAGAAUGAAAUUCUGGGAAGAACUUUACAAAAAUAAACCACUGUAUUCAAUUUAAUGUAAUUUCAAAAAUUCUAAUAAAAAUAAAAUUGUUAUCACUC